UUUUGGGUUGUUAUUGUCGGUGUUUUUGUCGCCUGCUUGCCUGCCCCCCCAGUGCUGAGGUCUGCAAGGUGCGGGGGUUUGGGGGUCUCCCCUUGAUGGCAGUAAGGGUGAGGUACGGCCGGUUCUGCUUCGUGCUGCGCUCGGUGGGAACAGGUCCAGUCAUCGUUAAACUGCGAGUAGUGUGAAAACCUAUAAACAGCAACUUGUCCGUGUGGGCGCACUUGGAUUUCAGCUUCCUGUGAGCAAUGGCAGCAAAUCCCAUCGUGACGUCAAAGCAGCGAGAGGAAGUGGUACAUGGGGUCCCCACGGAGGUGGUGUGCACGGCGUUCUCCAACUCCAUUCUUGUGGUGGUAACACAGUAUGGCAAGCUGGGGACGCUUGUCUAUGUGGACCCCAACACAAUAGGCGACAACAUUGGCAGGCCUUCGCUCACCACAAAAGUGCUACUGGGCAAGGAUGAGCCCCUCGUCCAUGUUUGUGCCAAAAACCUGGUGGCGUUCGUGUCUCAGGAAGCUGGGAACAAACCUGUUCUUCUCGCCAUGGCUUUAAAAGACAAGACCAUGGAAGGAAUACAAGCUCUACGGGAAGUGAUCCGAAGUUGCCAAGUGUGGUGAAGUUGUACCAUCUGGAUUCAAGGAAAUGAUCUUGAGUCCAUGACUCAUCACCACUUUUUUAAAAGGACAAAAAAUGAAAAUGAUGGAAUGUCUUUGUGCUGGUUUUGGACAUACUGAGGAAUUUGAUGAAUUUUUCUCUACUGUGUAGAACGUUUGUGGGUUUUAUUACUGUGACAGGUUUGCAGUCCAUAUAGUCAGUGAUGAGACAAGCACAAUUGUCUCGACAUACAAGAGAAAUUUUAUUUUUAUCACUUUGGGUGGGCUGUAUAUUUGGGAAACAUGGCUCUGCAUUUGUGGCCUGAGGAGUGAUAGAUGCCAAGCUCUGUAGCUACAGUGUACCGCAAAGGGGAACACCCAGUGCAGAGUGAAUAAAAGAAACAUUGAUGAAUCUAA